GAGACAGCCUGCGAGUUUUCCUGAGAGACCUUGAAGAGUACGCAUUCAGGAGAGAAUGAGGUGACAAGGAAAGAAUUGCGAAUGUGAGAGGAGCAGGAAUGUACAAGAGGAGGAUUGAAGGAAUGGUGGCAGGUUGCAUAAGGUGGAGGGUAUGCAAGGUGAGACUAUGGAGAUACAUGGGGGAAUUCCCAAUGGAUGAUGUGGAGGAUGACUUGAGGUUUGAUGGGACCAAUCUGGAGGACUUUGUUGAGAGCUUGCAGCUGACCGCUGAGAGGGGCGAAUGGAGCGAGGAGGAAAAGCGAAAGCAAUUGAUCGCAAGAUCAGACAAGGACGAAAAGGGGGAGGCUAGGCAAGAUCAGAUAAAGAAGAAAAAACUACAAAAGAAGGGGUUAUGGAUUGGAAGGGAAGUGACUGAGCCGCAGGGGGAGGAGGAAGAGAAUGAAGAAGAGGAUAAUGUAUCUCUGAAGAAGUUGAAGAACAAGGCGAGGGUCUCCCCCAAAAGCGACAGCAAGGAAUCUGAGCAGGCUGAGGGAGGUGAACAGGAAGAGGAGGAGGCAGCAGAGGAGAGGAAAAGAAGCAUGGGGGCCAGUAUGGUACCAAGGAAGAAAAAACUUGGAAAGAAAAGGGCAAUUGAGAAUGGGAGAAGAAAGGUACAGGAAAGGGUGAGUGAAAAAGGGAAAGGAGUGGAAGAAGCUGAAGAGGGAAAGGAGGUCCAGGGAGGAGGCAAGGCUCCCAAGGUCAAGAGAACUGAGGGAAAGAGGCCGAUUGGGGAAAAGGAAGAGACAAGUGGGAUAGGAAAGAAGGAAGAUGAAAAGGAUGGUGAGAUGGAGAAGUUGAUGGAAGAUAUGGAAGGAAUGAGGAAGGAAGUGAAGAAAUUGAAAAAAGAGGAGGGAUUGCAGAAAGAAAUGAGCCAAUUGAGGGUCACCCUGAAUGUGCGGAGCAGAGAAAACUGGAAGAGGAAGUGGUCACAAGAGGUAAGAUGGAAAUAAGGAUGGAUGGUCUGGUUUCUGAGACUCCUUUGAGUCUUAUCAAUUCUGUUGCAAAAAAAAAAAAUUUUGGCAAUCUCUAUGAAAGUGAUGUUUAUUUUGUGGAUUCUGAGAAGCAAAGAGUCAAUAAAGGUUUAUUUUAAAA